GACACUGAAAACGUUCAACAUUUUUCGUCAGGCAUCUCCACCGGCACUCCUCUCUGUGUGAGGUCGACAACAUGGCGGCUUCCUUGCUUUUGGGUCGUCAAGGAAUUCUAUUUGGCCUUAAAUUAUCCAACAUUAACAAGUCGUUGUGGGCCGCACAGUCGUUACAGGAGCAUGCCAGGCAGUUCUUUCAGUCUCCAAGGAUCUUCGGUGUCACGCCAGUCAAAGUGGAAAUGCCAGCUUUGUCGCCAACCAUGGAAGAGGGGAACAUUGUCAAAUGGCUAAAGAAAGAAGGUGAGGAAGUGACAGUGGGUGAUGCCCUUUGCGAAAUUGAGACUGACAAAGCUGUUGUUACCAUGGAAUCUAAUGAUGACGGAAUCUUGGCAAAGAUCCUGAUAGAGGAGGGAAGCCGCAACGUGCGCCUGGGAACUCUCAUUGCUGUUAUGGUGGAGGAAGGACAAGACUGGAAACAAGUUGAGAUUCCUCCACCAGAUGCUGUAACAACUCCAUCUGCAGCUCCAUCUGAAACUGUUGUGCCCCCUGCCUUUCCUUCGCCACCAAAAACAGUCACCUCAGGACCGUUACGGCUUAGCCCGGCAGCAAGACACAUCCUGGAUACCCAUGGCAUUGAUCCAAAAUUGGCCACUCCCACUGGACCAAGAGGACUAAUCACUAAGGAGGAUGCAUUAAAUCUUAUGAAGAUGUCUCCUGAGCCAAAAAAAAUGCCCAUCCUGACUGUUCCACCUGUCCCGAGUCCUGCUCAGAUGCCAGCAGCUGUUCCUCCACCACCAAGCAGCAGACCCAACAUACCACCUCUAUCUGUACCAGGGAAACCUGGAGCACCGGGCACUUUCACAGAGCUCCCAGCCUCAAAUGUCCGCCGCGUGAUUGCUCAACGACUAACUCAGUCGAAAACCACCAUCCCCCAUGCUUAUGCCUCUGUUGACUGUAACAUGGCAGCUGUCAUGGCGCUACGUAAAGACUUAGCCAAAGAAAAUGUCAAAGUUUCUGUUAAUGAUUUCAUUAUCAAGGCAGCUGCUGUUACUCUUAAAGAGCUACCAGAAGUGAACGUGAACUGGUCAGGGGAUGGACCCCAAGCACUUGAUUCUAUUCACAUUUCAAUUGCUGUGGCAACCGACAAAGGACUCAUUACCCCCAUCAUCCGAGAUGCUGCAAUCAAAGGAGUUCAGGAGAUCUCAGCGAAUGCAAAGGCAUUGGCCCGAAAGGCUCGAGAUGGAAAACUUCUACCUGAGGAGUACCAGGGCGGCUCAUUCAGUAUAUCCAAUCUUGGGAUGUUUGGCAUCAGUGGCUUCAGCGCUGUGAUCAACCCACCACAGGCGUGCAUCCUCGCGGUCGGGACUUCCAGGGAAGAAUUACGCCUCUGUGAGGAUAACCAGACCCUGCGUACCCAACAGCUGAUGACUGUUACCUUGUCUAGCGACGGGCGGCUUGUCGAUGACGAACUGGCCUCGCGAUUUCUUGACAGGUUUCGUGAUAACCUAGAGGAACCUCAGCGCAUGGCUUUAGCCUGAAAUAUGAUGACCGCAAAUUGGAAAUAAAGCAGCCAUGCGUGAGAGAGUUUUGAAAAAAACA